AUGUCUGGCUAUCCCGGCUAUCAAGCCUCGUACGGCGGCGCGCCCCCGCCAGGAGCCUUUCCACCCUCACAGGGCUACUACCCUCCUCCGCAGCAGAACUACAACGGCUACGCCCCUCCGCCCCAGCCUGGCUACGGCUAUCCUUCCUCGCCCCAGCCCUACGGUUUCAACGGCGGGCCCCCGCCACAGCAGCAGCAGCAGCAGUACGGCUACAACGCGCCGCCCCAGGGCCAGUACGGCCGCCCAAACCACGCACCGCACCCCAGCUCCGACUAUGGCCCUCGCCCGCCGCCCGCCGCCCCGCAGCACUUCGGCCACGGCGCCCCUACCAACUAUGCCUUCCAGUACUCCCAGUGCAACGGCCGCCGGAAGGCCCUGCUCGUCGGCAUCAACUACUUUGGCCAGCGCGGCCAGCUGAGGGGGUGUAUCAACGACGUCCGCAACAUGUCCGCCUACCUGGUCGAGCACUUUGGCUACAAGCGCGAGGACAUGGUCCUGCUCACCGACGACCAGCAGAACCCCAUGAGCCAGCCCACCAAGCAGAACAUCCUGCGCGCCAUGCAUUGGCUUGUCAAGGACGCCCGCCCCAACGACUCGUUGUUCUUCCACUACUCAGGUCACGGUGGACAGACCAAGGAUCUGGACGGCGACGAGGAGGACGGCUACGACGAGGUCAUAUACCCAGUCGACUUCCGGCAGGUCGGGCACAUCACAGACGACGAGAUGCACAGGAUAUUGGUCAAGCCAUUACAGCCCGGCACCCGGCUGACGGCAAUCUUCGAUUCCUGCCACUCCGGCACCGCCCUGGACCUCCCGUACAUCUACUCGACCCAGGGCAUCCUCAAGGAGCCCAACCUGGCCAAGGAGGCCGGCCAGGGCCUGCUGGGCGUCAUUGCGUCCUACAGCCAGGGUGAUAUCGGUGGCAUGAUCAAGAAGGGCAUGGGUUUCUUCAAGAAGGCCACGAACGGGGAGGAGGCUCACAACCGUGCUCUGGCCACAAAGACCUCGCCCGCAGACGUCAUUAUGCUUUCGGGUAGCAAGGAUGACCAGACCUCAGCCGACGCGACCAUUGCCGCCCAGGCAACCGGCGCCAUGUCAUGGGCCUUCAUCACCGCGCUCAAGAAGAACCCGCAGCAGAGCUACGUCCAGCUCCUCAACAGCAUCCGCGACGAGCUCGCCAGCAAAUACAGCCAGCGGCCCCAGCUCUCGAGCAGCCACCCUCUUAAUACGAACCUCCUUUUUGUAAUGUAG